UUCCUUAUGGAAACUCUUGUUAACAGAAGUAGAGGAAUCAAAAGAAGCUGAUAUAAGAGAUGGUUUCCAAAGUGUUAUAGAUGACUCAUUGAUAAACCUCCGCUUCCAAAAAGCAAUAAUAGAGAAAUUCAGGCUUUCUCUUAAACUUUCGUAUCUAAAGAAUGCCUCUUGCAUCGACGAAUGGAUAAGAUUAGCCACCAAUAGCUGCAUCAAAGAAUUAGACUUUUAUAUUAAGUGUCGAGAUGGAAAAGAUUGGUACAGUUUGCCCGGUACAACAUUUACAGCUAAGUCACUGAUGGUUCUGAGAUUGGGUGGUUUUAAGCUAGAGUGGCCUCUAAUUGUCGAUCAUAUAAAUCUUACUAAACUAAGGGAGCUAUCUCUAACUGAUGUGUUUUUGGAGGAACGGAUACUCUUGGAGAUAUAUUCUGCUUGUCCCGCGAUAGAAGAUUUGAGUCUUAUCAGGUGUCGGGGAGUAAAAGAUCUAUUGAUAUCCGAUCUCCCCAAACUGCUUAAGCUCACAAUACAUCAAGCAAAUGAAAUACAACCUUGGAAAUAUAGAAGUAGACGAUGUAACAGCCCGUUAGAGUUUGACCUGAAUACUUUCAAGCUUCUGAAAGAACUGAGCAUAACAUUUGAGCAGAUUACCGACUCAAUGGUAGAAAAUCUUGUUUCUGAACUGCCCCUUCUUGAGAAAUUAGAAUUGAACGUAUGUUUGAAGUUGACGAAACUUAAAUUUUCGAGUCGUAUUCUUAGACAUCUAGCAUUCCGUUCUGGCAAGAGUCUGAUGGAAAUUGAGAUUGACACCCCAAACCUGCACCAUUUUGAAUAUGGAGCUCCUAAAUUGCCUGUCAUAUUCUCUAUGAUGACAUCUUCUCUACAGGAAUCUUAUCUCGUAUUAUUUCCCAGCAAUCAAAUAAGCGCGAGUUGGUUUCAAAAUUUGAAGGAAUAUAUAUCUAGAUUCGAACAGCUGAGUAAACUGGUUCUGUCUAUACAGUGAACGACUAAUACAUUCAACGUGGAGGAACUGAAUGGAACAGUAUCCUGCCCGCUAUCCGUCGUCCAGCAUGUGAAGAUAAAACAAGUUAUGGAGUCCGUGAAUUUUGAAACUCUGUUAGAUGGUCUGCUUUGGACUUGUCAUCCAGAGACUCUGUCAAUUGAAAGAAGCUGGGAGCACAAUGGCUAUUUUAUACAGGUGAAUUUGAUCCUC